AUGCCAUCCCAAAUUCCAUCACCGUCUAUUUACUCUGUCAGAAGUGGUCUAGACUCGGAGACCAGCUCCAAUUACCCAUUCCCAACACGGCCAGCUCGAUCUUUCUCUCAACCAAAAGCUUACCAGAACCAUCCGCCACCGCGCCAUUAUGCAGCCGAUGAUGGCUCGUGUCCGAGUCCCACAAGCACAGUUGAUAUGACGCCGCGUAUUUCAAUAUCUACUGAAGAUUUGUUCCGCCAUUCCACGGCUUCUAAUUCAUCUUCUGUCCCAACUGUUCCUCCAAUCCUAUUGCCAGAGCCGCCUCUGCCGUUGGGUCACCCGCAAGCCCGGACAGCAGGGCUUGUUGCCCCAAGUGCUCAGAAGACUCGUGCCCGGAGAUCCUCCGUCUCACCCAUCCCGGAGGAAUUCCCCAACCCCCGCCAAACCUUUGGCUCUCUUGCCUCUAGCCGUGCCAUUCCUUCGAGCUGGGGCUCUGGACCGGCUGAAUCAGAAAUCCUGGGGGCUUAUCUUGAUGUGGACUCUGACGAUGAAAAGCACUCAGGGGGUACCAUCCGAGAAGACAACGCCGCCCUCGUGAGAAGUGCCAGCGUUGGCAAGCGGGGGAAACCAACAAUGCGUACAAUCAUGAAGUCCAACCCUAACUCCGAGUUGAUAAUUCCGGAUGUCCCCUCGACCCAGCACAAGGGCGAUUCACAGAGUGACAUCUCAGAUGGUGCUGUCAUCACAGUAGCCGCCAUUGGUAAGGCUAUGCGCCAACCGACCCCAGUCCGUCGAGCAUCUGCCUCGACCGUGUCAGGUGAAUCGUACAUUGAUCCCGAAAAGCCUCGUUUUGCGCACCCGGUCCCGGACCACAUGGACGUGUAUCGAGAUACUGGUCUGGAAAAGGAAUUGGAGGCUCUGCCUGCUGCCGCGCCUACCAUGAGUGACAAGCGACCUGGUGGCCGUAAACCACCUCGUCUGGAUAUCGGCGCUGUACGGAAUGCCGAAGCACGCGGAAGUCUCUCCAGCUUGACUGACCUGAUUCGACGGGCGACUAAGCUCGCCUCUAACCUUGACCACGGAAGAACAGCGAGUCGGAACGAUAUGUUGGCGGCAGACGCAGAACCAAAGGCUCCAUUUGGACGACGCCGUAACUCCGGCUCCAUUUCUGAUAUCCUGCACAUGUUCCCCAACCCGGCCCUGGAUACCCCCGACAAGCCCCGCGGCUCCUGGCCCGUAUUCUUCGGCCGAUCCGGUCUACGCAACGGUGAAGCCCUCGGCUCAAACGCAGAUGAGCCUCUUGCCCAAAAGCCUCCGCGCCGGUGCUGUGGCAUGGCGCGAAAGUGGUUCAUUAUUCUCUGCGUGAUUUUGUUCGUCAUUGUCAUUCUUGCCGUUCUCCUCCCCGUCUUCCUGGUUGCUGUCCCCAACGAAAAGUCCAGCAGCGCCACCGCCACCUGCGCCACGUCUAACCCCUGCUCCAAUGGCGGCGUGAGCGUUUCGAGCGGAAGCCAGUGCUCAUGCGUCUGCGCGAACGGAUAUACCGGUUCCACAUGCACAACAUCUGGUGAUAGCAGCUGUGUCAGUUCGAACGUGGAUAACGGGACAAUCAGCAAGAAUGCCACGAUGGGCAGCUCUCUGCCAAGUAUCUUCAGCCAGUCCAAGACGAACUUCGACAUCACCCUCGACCCCGUAACAAUCAUGGCGCUAUUCAGCAUGAACAAUAUCUCCUGCGAAGUAGAGGAGGACUCCACGAAACCCACCCCCACACACCUGGCCGCCCGGUCAGAGCAAACAAUCAACGGAAUCCUCGUCGACGGCUCCGGCAACCACAGAGGGUCCAGCGAAACCAAAACGACGUCGAUCGCGGCGAACCCAGCGACGGCAACGACCACAUCGACCAGCAGCUCCAAGGCCACGUCGACCGGGGUACCGGAGUCGGUGAUUGAGUUCUCGCAGGUGGCUGUGCUUUACAUUAUGCAGGAUACGGGGUCCCUCGAUACGACGCUUUCUUCCGAGAAGCAGAUUGCGUCGUACUUGAGUGGUUCGUAUGCGACGGCGAGUUCGCCUUCAUUGGAAUUGAUGGGGACUUACUCGCUGGACUUUGCAAAUAAGACGAUUACCAGGGAGGGGUCUGGGUUGACGGUGCAUUGA